AUUCCUCAAUGUCCAACCCAUUUCUCUAUUCUUCUUCUUCUUCAAAAAAUUUAAAAAUGUAUCAGAAACCCUAACGAAGCUUAUAGAUUUCAAUCCCCGAAAUCAAACAAAUCUUGAUUUAAGUCAAGGUCGUGGAGAGAGCUUCCAAUGGCGUUAGCAAUUGCCUGUGGAGAAUCAUCGCCAUCCCUUUUCGUCAUUCUAAGGGUUCUGAAUCGAACAAUGGAUUCCAUUAAGCACAACAUUGCUGAGUUUGUUAACGUUAUUUGCUCUCGAAACAAUGGUGUGGAUGCAAGUGUUGAUGAUUUGAUUAUUAAAUUUGGAGAAGAUUAUGAGUUGAAUGCUGAUCAAAUUUUAUCGAGAAAGAGUGAUGAUGUUAGUGGGGAAAACGAUCCACAUUUAACUUUUAAUGUGUUGGAUGCAAUGCUAAAGGAAACUUUGGAUCGUUUCAAAUCAAUGAGGGAAAGCAUAUCUUUGGCCAAAAUCGGCUUUUUCGGUUUGACCAAGGAAACCAUUUACCAGGAAAAAUUCGCCAUGAUUAGAGAUUUAUGCUUGGAUGGGAAGUUGGGAACAGCACUCUGUCUCCGAAAAAAGAUGAUGCAGAGUGGUGUUGUUCCUGAUGUACUUACACACAAUUACAUUCUUAAUGGACUGUGUAAAAAUGGUGACUUGGAAAAGGCAGACGAGCUAAUUAGAGAGAUGCUCAAAUUCGGUCCUUUUCCCAACUGUGCCACUUACAAUAGUUUUAUUAAGGGUUAUUGCCUCAUCAACGAUUUGGAUAAAGCUCUGUACUUGUUUUCCGCUAUGACUAAUAGCGGUAUUAAGCCAAAUAGAGUUACAUAUAACAUAAUUAUACAUGCACUGUGCAAGAAAGGCCUCAUGGAUGAUGCGACAAAGCUUCUUAAUAACAUAUUAUCUGAUAGAGAUGAUAAGAAAACACCAGAUUUGAUUACCUCAACUAUACUCAUGGACGGUCAUUUUAAAGCUGGAAAUAUUGUUCAGGCUCUUGAUCUUUGGCACGAUGUGGUACAAAAGAACAGCGAAGUAGACGUUGUUUCCUACAAUGCCCUUAUUAAUGGGUUGUGUUUGAGCGGAGAGAUGACCCUUGCUUAUGGAUACUUUUCCGAAAUGAUCAAAAGAGGUUUGUCUCCUGAUGUUUUUACGUAUAAUACACUCAUAAGUUCUCAUUGCAAAGAAGCCGAGUUCAAAGAGGUUUUUUCGAUCUACAACAUUAUGUCUAGAACUGGAGUUGCUCCUGAUCAAAUUUCGUUCAAAAUGAUUAUUCAAGGUUUAUGUAUCAAUGGAGCUGUUGUCAAUGCUAAUGAACUUUUUCUUCAUAUGAUUGAGAAGAAGUCAAUGGUGCCUAAAACUCAUAUAUGGAAUCUUAUGAUCGAUUGUUACGGAAGACAGGGUGAUAUUAAUCGAGUCUUCUCCAUCAAAGAUCAGAUGUUGGCAUGUGGUGUUCAACCGAAUGUAUAUACCUACAAUGCAUUGAUUCAUGCUCUUGUAGAGGUGGGAAACAUCGUUGAUGCUUAUUCACUCAAACAGGAGAUGCCUUUCUAUGGUCUUUCUCCCGACGUAGUUACUUACAGUUUAUUGAUUGGUGCUGCUUGUAGAUCAGGCCAACUUCAAUUCGCUAUUCAUUUAUGCAAUGAAAUGUUGAGAAUGGGAUUUGAACCGAAUAUAAUAAUCUACACGGAAUUAAUCAGGGGUUAUUGUAUCAAGGGUAAUGUUAAGGAGGCAGAAGAAUUAUUUGCAAAGUUGUUGGAUUCGGGUUUAACAGUUGAUCAUGUUCCAUAUAAGAUACUUAUCAACAAGUACUGCAGAAUAAGGGAGCUUGACAAGGCAUUUGACUUGUACAAUAAGUGGUUAGAAAGUGUAAAAUGAGUUUCUACUCGAUUAUAACUGCUGAAAUAAUCUCAUUCGGGAUUGCAAAGUCAACUUUUUCAGAAUCUGAAGUCAAGGAAAUCCCAUCUACUGAUGCAUUUUUCCUUACCAGAAAAUCUACAAUGUCUUUCCAAAGAGGUAUUUUUGAACGAUUUCAUGGAAUUCUCCAUGAAGGAGAGAAAUACAGAAAUGGGACCCGGCUGGGCGUCCAGAAGAAGACCUUGUGGAGCAAAAUGAUCAAUGGACACAUGGGAUUUCUCUUGAAGAAGAAAUAUAUCCAGAAAUCAAAAUUGAUAUUUUCAAACCGGACCCUAAUUUCCUUUGAGAGCAAAAAGCGCUAUGAAGAGCUGAAGAAAAACAUACUUGGAGAGGAGUCUGAGGAUGAACAAGGUUCAGAUGCAGCAGCUUCGGAUUCAAAUGGUGAGGAUGAAUCUGAUGAAGAUGAAGAAGAGCAGAUGGAUGAGACAGGGACCAACCUUGUGAAUCUUUGCAGGACAAUAUAUUAAAAUCGAGCCUGGUCAAGAGAUGGAGCUUUGCAUCAUGAUUUUGGAAUGUUGCAGUCAAGAUCAAGAAAGAACCUACUGAAGAUAUUAUGGUCUUUUCGCUUAGCCGUUUUGUAAGAUAAACAAAGUGCGUCAAGAAGAUUUUGAGAAAUGCUUUGUCCAGCAAUACUCUACGAUUCAUCGGCUCGAAACAAAUAAGCUGCACAAUGUUGCAAAGUUUUUUGCCCAUUUACUCGGUACAGAUGCUUUGCACUGGCAUUUACCUCAUCUCGAAUAUUUAUCAAAAUACUCUUCUAGCAACUAUCAGAGCAUCUUGCCAUUUAGUUUUCUAAAUGAUCGGUAAUAUUGGAAAAGAGUUUUAUGGGACUUUCCAUUUCAUUACCUCCAACCAAACGCUACCUAAGAGUUUGAGGAAUAUGUUGAGCCUUAUUAUUCAGCACAACAAUGCAGUAGACUAGGAUGAUGAAUUAUAUAUUGUUCAUUCUGAAUUAUAUAUUUUUUUUACCUCUUUUAUUUAAUAA